AUGGAGCAAACAGUGCUUGUACCACCAGGACCUGACAGCUUCAGUUUCUUCACCAGAGAAUCUCUUGCAGCUAUUGAAAGACGCAUUGCAGAAGAAAAGGCUAAGAAUCCCAAACCAGACAAGAAGGAUGAUGACGAACAUGGCCCAAAGCCAAAUAGUGACUUGGAAGCUGGAAAGAACCUUCCUUUUAUUUAUGGAGACAUCCCUCCAGAGAUGGUGUCAGAGCCGCUGGAGGACCUGGACCCGUACUAUAUCAAUAAAAAAACUUUUAUAGUAUUGAAUAAAGGGAAGGCCAUCUUCCGGUUCAGUGCCACCUCUGCCCUGUACAUUUUAACUCCCUUCAAUCCUCUUAGGAAAAUAGCUAUUAAGAUUUUGGUACAUUCAUUAUUCAGCAUGCUAAUUAUGUGCACUAUUUUGACGAACUGUGUGUUUAUGACAAUGAGUAACCCUCCUGACUGGACAAAGAAUGUAGAGUACACUUUCACAGGAAUAUAUACUUUUGAAUCACUUAUAAAAAUUAUUGCAAGGGGCUUCUGUUUAGAAGAUUUUACCUUCCUUCGGGACCCAUGGAACUGGCUCGACUUCACUGUCAUUACAUUUGCAUAUGUGACAGAGUUUGUGGACCUGGGCAAUGUCUCCGCAUUGAGAACAUUCAGAGUUCUCCGAGCACUGAAAACAAUUUCAGUCAUUCCAGGCCUGAAGACCAUCGUAGGGGCCCUGAUCCAGUCUGUGAAAAAGCUCUCAGAUGUCAUGAUCCUGACUGUGUUCUGUCUGAGCGUGUUUGCACUGAUUGGGCUGCAGCUCUUUAUGGGCAACCUGCGGAAUAAAUGUGUACAAUGGCCUCCCACCAAUGCUUCCCUGGAGGAACAUAGUGUAGAGAAGAAUAUAACUGUGAAUUACAAUGGCACACUUGUAAAUGAAACUCUCAUUGAGUUUGACUGGAAAUCAUAUAUUCAAGAUUCAAGAUAUCAUUAUUUUCUGGAGGGUUUUUCAGAUGCACUACUAUGCGGAAAUAGCUCAGAUGCUGGCCAAUGUCCAGAAGGAUACACGUGUGUGAAAGCUGGUAGAAAUCCCAAUUAUGGCUACACAAGCUUCGAUACCUUCAGUUGGGCUUUUUUGUCUCUGUUUCGACUGAUGACUCAGGACUUCUGGGAAAAUCUUUACCAACUGACAUUACGUGCUGCUGGAAAAACAUACAUGAUAUUUUUUGUGCUGGUCAUUUUCUUGGGCUCAUUCUAUCUAAUAAAUUUGAUCCUGGCUGUGGUAGCCAUGGCCUAUGAGGAACAGAAUCAGGCAACCUUAGAAGAGGCAGAACAGAAAGAGGCUGAGUUUCAGCAGAUGCUUGAACAGCUUAAAAAGCAACAGGAAGCAGCUCAGCAGGCAGCGGCUGUAACUGCCUCAGUGCAUUCCAGAGAACCUAGUGCAGCAGGCGGUCUCUCAGACAGCUCAUCUGAAGCCUCCAAGUUGAGUUCCAAGAGUGCAAAGGAAAGAAGAAAUCGGAGAAAGAAAAGAAAACAGAAAGAGCAGUCUGGUGGAGAAGAGAAAGAUGACGAUGAAUUCCAUAAAUCUGAAUCUGAAGACAGCAUCAGGAGGAAAGGGUUUCGCUUCUCCAUAGAAGGGAAUCGGUUGACAUAUGAAAAGAGGUACUCCUCCCCACACCAGUCUUUGUUGAGCAUCCGUGGCUCCUUAUUUUCUCCAAGGCGAAAUAGCAGAACAAGCCUUUUCAGCUUCAGAGGGCGAGCAAAGGAUGUGGGAUCAGAGAAUGACUUUGCUGAUGAUGAACACAGCACCUUCGAGGAUAAUGAGAGCCGCAGAGACUCCUUAUUUGUGCCCCGACGACAUGGAGAGCGACGCAACAGUAACCUGAGUCAGACCAGUAGGUCGUCCCGGAUGCUGGCCGUGUUUCCAGCCAAUGGGAAGAUGCACAGCACUGUGGAUUGCAAUGGUGUGGUUUCCUUGGUUGGUGGACCUUCAGUUCCUACAUCGCCUGUUGGACAGCUUCUACCAGAGGUGAUAAUAGAUAAGCCAGCUACUGAUGACAAUGGAACAACCACUGAAACUGAAAUGAGAAAGAGAAGGUCAAGUUCUUUUCAUGUUUCCAUGGACUUUCUAGAAGAUCCUUCUCAAAGGCAAAGAGCAAUGAGCAUAGCCAGCAUUUUAACAAAUACAGUAGAAGAACUUGAAGAAUCCAGGCAGAAAUGCCCACCCUGUUGGUAUAAAUUUUCCAACAUGUUCUUAAUCUGGGACUGUUCGCCAUAUUGGUUAAAAGUGAAACAUAUUGUCAACCUGGUUGUGAUGGACCCAUUUGUUGACCUGGCCAUCACCAUCUGUAUUGUCUUAAAUACUCUGUUCAUGGCCAUGGAGCACUAUCCCAUGACGGACCAUUUCAAUAAUGUGCUUACAGUAGGAAACUUGGUUUUCACUGGGAUCUUUACAGCAGAAAUGUUUCUGAAAAUUAUUGCCAUGGAUCCUUACUAUUAUUUCCAAGAAGGCUGGAAUAUCUUUGAUGGUUUUAUUGUAACGCUUAGCCUGGUAGAACUUGGCCUGGCCAACGUGGAAGGAUUAUCAGUUCUCCGUUCAUUCCGAUUGCUCCGAGUUUUCAAGUUGGCAAAAUCUUGGCCAACAUUAAAUAUGCUAAUAAAGAUCAUCGGCAAUUCAGUGGGGGCUCUGGGAAAUCUAACCUUGGUGUUGGCCAUCAUCGUCUUCAUUUUUGCUGUGGUCGGCAUGCAACUCUUUGGUAAAAGCUACAAAGACUGUGUCUGUAAGAUCAACAGUGAGUGUAAGCUCCCACGUUGGCACAUGAAUGACUUCUUCCACUCCUUUCUGAUUGUGUUCCGAGUGCUGUGUGGAGAGUGGAUAGAGACCAUGUGGGACUGCAUGGAGGUCGCCGGUCAAGCCAUGUGCCUUACUGUCUUCAUGAUGGUCAUGGUCAUUGGAAACCUGGUGGUCCUGAACCUCUUUUUGGCCUUGCUCCUGAGCUCAUUUAGUGCAGACAACCUUGCAGCCACUGAUGAUGAUAAUGAAAUGAACAAUCUCCAAAUUGCUGUGGAUAGGAUGCACAAGGGAAUAGCUUAUGUGAAGAGAAAAAUAUAUGAAUUUAUUCAACAGUCCUUCAUUAGAAAACAAAAGAUUUUAGAUGAAAUUAAACCACUUGAUGAUCUAAAGAACAAGAAAGACAGUUGUAUGUCCAAUCAUACAACAGAAAUUGGGAAAGAUCUUGACUAUAUUAAAGAUGUAAAUGGAACCACAAGUGGAAUAGGAACUGGCAGCAGUGUUGAAAAAUACAUUAUCGAUGAAAGUGAUUACAUGUCUUUCAUAAACAACCCCAGUCUUACUGUGACUGUACCGAUUGCUGUAGGAGAGUCUGACUUUGAAAAUUUAAACACAGAGGACUUUAGUAGUGAAUCAGAUCUGGAAGAAAGCAAAGAGAAACUUAAUGAAAGCAGUAGCUCAUCCGAAGGCAGCACUGUAGACAUUGGAACACCUGCCGAGGAACAGCCUGUAGUGGAACCUGAGGAAACCCUUGAACCUGAAGCCUGUUUCACUGAAGGCUGUGUACAAAGAUUCAAAUGUUGUCAAAUUAGUGUGGAGGAAGGGAGAGGAAAACAAUGGUGGAACCUGAGAAGAACGUGUUUCCGAAUAGUUGAACAUAACUGGUUUGAGACCUUCAUUGUUUUCAUGAUUCUCCUUAGUAGUGGUGCUCUGGCAUUUGAGGAUAUAUAUAUUGACCAGCGAAAGACGAUCAAGACAAUGUUGGAAUAUGCUGAUAAGGUUUUCACUUACAUUUUCAUUCUGGAAAUGCUUCUAAAAUGGGUGGCAUAUGGCUAUCAGACAUAUUUCACCAAUGCCUGGUGUUGGCUAGACUUCUUAAUUGUUGAUGUUUCAUUGGUCAGUUUAACAGCAAAUGCCUUGGGUUACUCAGAACUUGGCGCCAUCAAAUCUCUCAGGACACUAAGAGCUCUGAGACCUCUAAGAGCCUUAUCACGUUUUGAAGGGAUGAGGGUGGUUGUGAAUGCCCUUUUAGGAGCAAUUCCAUCCAUCAUGAAUGUGCUUCUGGUUUGUCUUAUAUUCUGGCUAAUUUUCAGCAUCAUGGGCGUAAAUUUGUUUGCUGGCAAAUUCUACCACUGUGUUAACACCACAACUGGUGACAUGUUUGACAUCAGCGAAGUGAAUAAUCAUUCUGAUUGCCUAAUACUAAUAGAAAGAAAUGAGACUGCCCGAUGGAAAAAUGUGAAAGUAAACUUUGAUAAUGUAGGAUUUGGGUAUCUCUCUUUGCUUCAAGUUGCCACAUUUAAGGGAUGGAUGGAUAUAAUGUAUGCAGCAGUUGAUUCCAGAAAUGUGGAACUCCAGCCUAAGUAUGAGGAAAGUCUAUACAUGUAUCUUUACUUUGUUAUUUUCAUCAUCUUUGGGUCCUUCUUCACCUUGAACCUGUUUAUUGGUGUCAUCAUAGAUAAUUUCAACCAGCAAAAGAAGAAGUUUGGAGGUCAAGACAUCUUUAUGACAGAAGAACAGAAGAAAUACUAUAAUGCAAUGAAAAAAUUAGGUUCAAAAAAGCCUCAAAAGCCUAUACCUCGACCAGGGAACAAAUUUCAAGGAAUGGUCUUUGACUUCGUAACCAGACAAGUUUUUGACAUAAGCAUCAUGAUUCUCAUCUGUCUCAACAUGGUCACAAUGAUGGUGGAAACUGAUGAUCAGAGUGAAUAUGUGACUAACAUUUUGUCACGUAUCAACCUGGUGUUCAUUGUGCUGUUCACUGGAGAAUGUGUGCUGAAGCUCAUCUCCCUCCGCCAUUAUUAUUUUACCAUAGGCUGGAAUAUUUUUGAUUUUGUGGUUGUCAUUCUCUCCAUUGUAGGUAUGUUUCUGGCUGAGCUGAUAGAGAAAUAUUUUGUUUCCCCUACCCUGUUCCGAGUGAUCCGUCUUGCCAGGAUUGGCCGAAUCCUGCGUCUGAUCAAAGGGGCCAAGGGGAUCCGCACGCUGCUCUUUGCUUUGAUGAUGUCCCUUCCUGCGUUGUUUAACAUCGGCCUCCUGCUCUUCCUGGUCAUGUUCAUCUACGCCAUCUUUGGGAUGUCCAACUUCGCCUAUGUUAAGAGGGAGGUUGGAAUUGAUGACAUGUUCAACUUCGAGACCUUUGGCAACAGCAUGAUCUGCCUGUUCCAGAUUACCACCUCUGCUGGCUGGGAUGGAUUGCUAGCACCUAUUCUCAAUAGUAAACCACCCGAUUGUGACCCUAAUAAAGUUAACCCUGGCAGCUCAGUUAAGGGAGACUGUGGGAACCCAUCUGUGGGGAUCUUCUUUUUUGUCAGUUACAUCAUCAUAUCAUUUCUGGUCGUGGUGAACAUGUACAUCGCUGUCAUCCUGGAGAACUUCAGUGUUGCUACUGAAGAAAGUGCAGAGCCCCUGAGCGAGGAUGACUUUGAGAUGUUCUACGAGGUUUGGGAGAAGUUUGACCCCAAUGCUACCCAGUUCAUGGAAUUUGAAAAACUCUCUCAGUUUGCAGCUGCUCUUGAACCUCCCCUCAAUUUGCCACAACCGAACAAAGUCCAGCUCAUUGCCAUGGAUCUGCCCAUGGUCAGUGGGGACCGGAUCCACUGUCUUGACAUCUUAUUUGCUUUUACGAAGCGGGUUCUGGGGGAGAGUGGAGAGAUGGAUGCUCUCCGAAUACAGAUGGAAGAGCGAUUCAUGGCUUCCAACCCAUCAAAGGUCUCCUAUCAGCCAAUAACUACGACUUUAAAACGAAAACAAGAGGAGGUGUCUGCCGUUAUUAUUCAGCGUGCGUAUAGGCGCCACCUUUUAAAGCGAACUGUAAAGCAAGCUUCAUUUACAUAUAACAAAAAUAAAAUCAAAGGUGGGGCUAAUCUUCUUAUAAAAGAAGACAUAGUAAUUGACAGAAUAAAUGAAAACUCAAUUACAGAAAAAACUGAUCUGACCAUGUCCACAGCAGUUUGUCCACCCUCCUACGAUCGGGUAACAAAGCCAGUCGUGGAAAAACACGAGCAAGAAGGCAAAGAUGAGAAAGCCAAAGGGAAAUAA